AUACAAACAAACACACGCGUAUUGUUUAACACCCACCCCUUUUUCUGACACACCCGUGCACACACUGAUCAACACUACGCACACACCCACCUCUGGUACACACACCAGUCACGCGCACACUCGCACAUAAUAUACACAGCAGCCACAAAGCAGAAACCAGGAGGGAAAGAGGGGAGAAAACCGGCGAGAGGGGCUGGGACCGGUGGGGGAGUGGUGGCGACAACCGGAGGCGGAGAGACCAGGGAGAAAAGGCGGCGAAUCAGAGGGCGGCGGCGACUGGGACAGUGGCCGGAGAGAGGGAGAUGCGCGCGCGAGGGAGAGAGAACAGAGAGAGGUGAGUGAAUGUGAGAGAGAUUCAGGAGAGAGAGGGUUUUCUACUUCACUUUUUUCUUUUAAGCAAGAAACACUUAUUUUAAGUUCACCCAAACGGCCCCAAUAUCUUGAAUUUGUGACGUUAAUACGUUAUUUUGUUUUUUCUUUCUGAAUUCACUCGAGAUAAAACAGCAUCGAAGUAACUCACGAAAAUAGAGUUUUCAUAUAGUUAUGAUCGAAAUAACCUCGCAAACAAAACUACCUUGGUCAACUCUCCCUUACAUUCCAUCCAUCCCCGUCAACUCCAAAGACAGGUAGACACGACACUACCCUCUCUCUCACACACACCCCCUUUGUUUAUCUCUCUCUCACAAAUACCCUUUCUAAUCCCUCCCUCCCUCCCUCCCUCACACACAAUUCAAUCAAACACCAUGCUCUAGUCGACAAAAUCACAAACCCCUCAAAUCCCAAUUGACCCAUUUCAAGAACCCCCAAUUCUUGAUCACAAAACAUGUACUUGUUUAAACUGUUAUUCAUUCUAGGGUUAGGGUUAAGUUUCGAUCUUGAUUAUGGGUAUGCUCUAAAAGUCCCUUUUAGGCCUAAAGAUGUGCUCCCUGUUCUUCCCAAACAGAUUUCUUGGCCUGUUCUCAACAAUUUUCACAGUGCUGUUGAUUUGUUGCCUGCUUUUGUUGGCUCUGUCACUCCUCAUGGGGUGAUUAAUCAGUGGAAAGGCUCUUGCUUUCAUGUUAAUGAGGCCAGGCUCGACUUCACGGAGUCCAAGAAUCAAAGUCUUGGUGGGGGAGUUCUUUAUCUUAAGACUUCUGAAGCUCAUAGCUGGACCUGUAUGGAUUUAUAUGUUUUUGCGACACCAUAUAGAGUAACCUGGGAUUACUAUUUCUCAGCUCGAGAGCAUACAUUGAACAUCGACUCUUGGGAGGAACCUGCAGAAGUGGAAUAUGUGAAGCAGCAUGGCAUCUCAGUAUUUCUAAUGCCAUCAGGAAUGUUGGGGACCUUUCUUUCAAUGGUGGAUGUUUUACCCUUGUUCUCUAAUAGUGUGUGGGGUCAAAGUGCUAAUUUAGCUUUUCUGAAGAAACACAUGGGUGCAUCAUUUGAAAGACGUCCUCAGCCUUGGCGUACUACAAUCAAUCCAGAUGAUGUUCACUCUGGUGAUUUCUUAGCUGUGUCAAAGAUCCGUGGGCGAUGGGGUGGAUUUGAAACACUUGAAAAAUGGGUCACUGGGGCAUUUGCUGGUCACACAGCUGUUUGCUUAAAGGAUGAUUUUGGGAAGCUUUGGGUUGGAGAAUCUGGACACGAGAAUGAAAAGGGUGAGGAAAUUAUUGUUGCGAUUCCAUGGGAAGAAUGGUGGGAGUUGUCACUAAAGGAUGAUUCUAAUCCACAUAUCGCAUUGCUACCUUUAUCUCCUGAUGUGCGUAAAAAGUUUAACUCAACUGCAGCAUGGGAAUACGCUCGUAGCAUGUCAGGAAAGCCUUAUGGUUACCACAACAUGAUAUUUAGUUGGAUUGACACUGUAGCUGAUAACUAUCCUCCACCUCUUGAUGCUCAUUUGGUCACUUCUGUCAUGUCUAUGUGGACAAGAAUGCAGCCAGCAUAUGCAGCAAAUAUGUGGAAUGAGGCUUUAAAUAAGAGGCUUGGGACGGAGGAGUUGGACUUGUAUGGAAUUCUAGCAGAGACAGAAUCUCGUGGUUUGACCUUUGAUCAGUUGCUAUCCAUUCCAGAACAAGAUGAAUGGGUCUAUAGCGAUGGGAAAUCAACAACAUGUGUGGCCUUUAUACUGGAAAUGUACAAAGAAGCUGGAGUUUUUGGUCCAGUUUCCAACUCUAUUCAAGUAACCGAAUUCACUAUACGGGAUGCAUACAUGCUCAAAAUUUUUGAGAAGAACCAGACUCGUUUGCCAAGUUGGUGCAACAUAGGAGGUAAUCAAUCCCCAUUCUGCCAAAUUCUUGGGGAGUAUCAAAUGGAGCUGCCUGAAUAUAAUACUUUGGAGCCAUAUGCAAAUAUGAAUGAGAAUUGCCCUUCUUUACCCCCGACUUAUGAGAGGCCUUCGCAUUGCUAAAUUUAAAAUGCUGCGCUAUAUGAAAUUGUCAUUGACAUAUAGUGCUCAAAGAGCUGUAUUAUGUUUAGUUUAUCUAGUUUGGGACAUGCACUACCUCGUAUUCCUAAAGUGUCAACUUGACAAAAUACUUCUUGUAUAUAUAGUUGUAAUGAUAAUAAUUGUACAUCUGUUUUAUA